CUUCUUAUUACUAUACUCCGUGAUUUGACAGCUGUUAAAAAGUGAGGUUAUGUUUUAUUAUGAAGGUUAUUACAACGUCAAAAGAAAAGAGCGCCCCCUUUUUCCCGUAACAUAUAUCGUCAUUCAGUGAAGUUGUACUGACCGAUACCUUCUAAAAUAUUAUUUUCGUGGACGUCCCACGACCAAGAAUAGCCAAGAGUGAACACAGAUUUUCCUCGGAAGAAUUUUUCUGUUUAAUAUCGAGGAAAAAAGAAUCCACCCUUGCACUCGUAUAUGGGGCCAAAAGACGACAAACCGUUAUUUAAGCGAGGGAAAUCGCACCCAGUGGAAGUGAAGUGAGGUGGGUUUUUUUUCACGGGGUUCGGAAACCUCGCCACAAGUGAGGAUAGAGAAAAGUGUUUUCAAGAAGUGGUUAUUAAAAGUGUGUGUGUUUGUGUGUGUGAGAGAUUUCGUCUGGCGCGAGUGCACCACGGUUAGGAAAUGUCUCUCGAAACCAGGUCGAGCUCUGCGCUUUUUAAACGGGCGGAACAGCUCAAGCGAUGGGAACAAUCGGAUACAAAUCGUGAGCCGGCUCAACCACGUCAGAUCGCAAGGAAAAUCAAAUUUUCCGCGGACUGCGUAUUUUUGGCAGCGUGUGCCGCAGGCGAUAAAGAAGAAGUGAUACGCCUUUUGCAAAAAGGAGCUGACAUCAACACUGGCAAUGUCGAUGGACUCACUUCUUUGCACCAGGCAUGCAUCGAUGAUGAUUUGGAUAUGGUGGAGUUUUUAGUUGAACAAGGCGCAGAUAUUAAUCGUGGAGAUAAUGAGGGUUGGACACCUUUACAUGCCACUGCCUCCUGUGGAUUUAUAUCAAUUGCCAAAUACUUAAUUGAACAAGGUUGUAAUCUCGCUGCAGUAAAUAAUGACGGCGAAUUGGCUCUUGAUAUCGCGGAAAGCGAUGAAAUGGAAGAUAUGCUCCAACAACAUAUUAAUAAAGCUGGUAUAGACUGUGAUCAAGCUAGAAGUGAAGAAGAGAGAUCGAUGUUAAAUGAUGCGAGGGCUUGGAGAUCCGGAGCUGCUGGUAAAGAUACAGUACAUCCAAGAACAGGAGCUACUGCGUUGCACGUGGCUGCUGCCAAAGGCUACAUAAACGUCAUGAAUAUUUUACUGCAAGCUCGGUGUGACGUUAACGCCCAGGACUAUGACGGAUGGACACCUUUACAUGGAGCUGCACAUUGGGGCCAAUUAGAAGCCUCUAAACUCCUUGUGGAAAAUUUCUGUGAUAUGGAUAUUAAAAAUUAUGCUGGUCAAACGGCAUUUGACGUAGCUGAUGGUGAUAUCCUGAAAGGUUUAGAAGAACUAAAGAAGAAGCAACAAACUCUACUUAAAGAUCAUCCACAAAUCAUUAACAAGAAGCAACCGGCAAUACCAAAGAAACGCGUAUCUACAAAUAAUGAAAAUACAGUGAUUGCUCAGGAAGGUGUAGAAUAUGAAGAAGAAACGCCGAAUAAAGUUAAGAAAGUCGAAUUAGAAAUUCAGUCUGAUAAGGAGGAAUCCAGCAUAGGCACAAAUAGUGAAGUCGAGGAAGAUGGUGAGAUGGAUACUGAAGCAAGCGAAGGUGAAAGUGAUUCUGAGACUAGCUCAGAAUCACAAUCUUCCACGUGCUCAGAUCAAUCUAAUUCCAAUCUGUCGAAUCAUUCUUCUUAUAUUAAUGAAGAUGAGAAAAAGAAUAGAGUGAAUAGAGACGAAACAGCGUCACAUAGUCCAACACCUUCUAUAGAAAGCAACAAAGUUCCUAAUCAGGCCUCAAUCGUGCCAAUCAAACAAGAGACUGAGAAUAACGAUGAAGGUUCAAUUCCGUCGUGGAGACGUUCUGGAUCUUUUAAAAGUAGAAAUCAAGAUUCAGAACCUGUCAAUUCUUUAUCUUCCAAAAUAGAAGAGAAGGAGAAGACUGUAAAAUUGACACCAUCGCCAGUAAAAGUGAAAGAAGAACCUGAGGUAGUUUUGAGAAGAACCCACAGUUUCGAAACUGAUGAAAAGUUCUAUGAGCAGUACUUGGCAUUACGAGCUCGUAUCAAGGCAUCUUCCUGCCCUACUCUCCAUCGUUGCAACCCAUCUUCUCCUACUCAUAGCAACGCUGUGACCACUCGCUCUGCGUCCCUGCGCGAAAAUUUCAGGAAAAAGGACAUUAAAUUGAAUUUAGAUUUAUCGAAAGUGCCUCAAGGGAAUAAUUUAUCGCAAUCUAUUUCUAAUAAAUCUUCGCCUGUCUCUUCACUGUCAACAUCAACAAAUUUCACAACUACAACUAUUACUAGUCCACUUCCUGGAAAUCAGAUUCGCAGUUCUCAAUCAGCGGAUGACACUACAGUUAUCUACACUUUAAACAAUUCUGUGACGACUCCAAUAACUCCCACAACACCAGGAGGUAGUAAACUAAGUCCUGGAAAUAUCUUCAAAAAUUUCUUCAAGUCAUUCGUGCCUCCGGUCCGUGACGAAGAGAGUGAAACUCAGAGAAAGGCACAUGCGAAAAGAGUGAGGGAGACACGUCGAUCGACACAAGGUGUUACAUUAGAUGAAAUCAAAAGUGCCGAGCAAUUGGUGAAAAAAAAACAACAACAAAAUAGCGAUUCUCCUACCACUACGGCACCUUCGAUGCAGCCUGCGACUUCUGUGAGCAAUACAGCCUCGAUCACAGCUACCAUAACAACAGCUACGCCAACAACAGUGACAGCAAGCAAAACAUCCGAGGAGACUAAUUUGCCUGAGAGACGGCCUUCUUGGAGACUCAGAGUAGAUAACGGAAGCAAGUUCCAGUUAGAGGAUGCAAAUAAUAGAUCCAGCGAUACAACGGCCUACAUCCGAAGACCUUCCGGUGGCUCUAAUACUCCAAGGCCUAGUUCGGCUCCAAUUGACACCAUCACCGCCAGUACUGCUGAAACUACUGUUACUUUACCUCUCAGAAGACCUUUGAAACCUCCGGAAGACAAAGAACAAGAUAAGGAAAAUGACAGCAGAAACGCACAAGCCACCCAAGCUGUUAUACAAAGGAGACGAAGGCCAAAAAGAAGAUCAACCGGUGUUGUUCACGUAGAUAUGGACGAAAUAGAUCCCGAAAAGCAAGAUGUUUCAGCGGGAGGUGACUGCGACGAUUCUAAAAUUAAUAAUAACGAGAGUGGUCAAGAACGAUCAGGACGAUCAAGUAGACUUGGCUCAGUAUCGUCUAUAACCUCAGAGACUCCUUCGCUGCCAACGAGGACAAAAUCUGUAACCUCGGAAAAUGGGGAGCUUGACUACAAAAAAUUGUAUGAGGAGUCACAGGCAGAAAACGAGAGGCUUCGAGAAAAACUUCGAAGAUCGGAUGAACAAUUAAAAGAAGUCCGCGGUCUUCUCGAUAAAGCGCAAAAUACCCAAAAUAAAAAUAAUCUUUCGGAAACGGAGAAAAGAGAAAGGAGAGCAAUGGAAAGAAAACUUUCGGAAAUGGAAGAGGAGCUUAAGCAAUUGCAAAAGCUCAAAGCUGAAAAUGAGAGAUUGAAAUCCGAAAAUUGGGCACUUACCCGCGUGGUAGCCAAACUCACCAAUACUACUAAAUAGGUGAUGGAGCAAUUAAAAUGUGAAAAUCAGAAAUUAAAGGAUGAAAAUGGUGCCUUGAUUCGAGUGAUCAGCAAGUUAUCCAAAUAACUCUAAUGAUCCCAGUUUAAAAGGCUAUCCCACCGCUUUAUCCAACUCGUAUUAUUAAAAUGAAUUUAUUUUAUCUCUACCAACAAUCGACGUAUCUUUGUGUUAGCUAUUUAAUUUAUUUUAAAUCGAAUCAGUUACUCUUGUGGCUGUGCCAAAUGCGUAAACAAACCUCAUUUUUUUAUUCCUCCGAUUUGAUGGAUUAAAAUCUUCAAAUGAUGAGGAGAAGUAUAUUUAAUAAUCUUUUUCUUUUAUCGCCAUUUAAUGGAAUUUUCCCUUUAUAAAUAAUUUGACAAGAUUGUUAUUUAUUUUUUUUUUUAAAGUCGUAUUUAAUUUAUAAAUCUUACUGCAAUCUUUUAUCAUAUUACAGUCAAAGAAAAUGUUUCAUACUUUUAAGAAAAUAAAUUUUUAUAUUAAUUUUAAGAAAUAGGUUUUUCUAAUCUGCAUAAAGGAAUUUUUUUAUAAAGAAAUCUUUUCAUCAGUUUUUAUUUUGAUAUCAUUGAGAAAAGCUUUUCUUCUUGAAAAGGAACUUUUCUGCAAUUAGAAGAAGAAAAAAUUGUAUUCAAUUUUUGAUAAUCAAAUUUUUAAAAUUUCGUCCUAAAUCUCGUGCUUCGUGUGGCCUUUCCAAAAGACUGCAUUUUAGAAACAUUUUCAUCUCGCGAUUAUUAUUGCAGCGGUAUAAUAUUGAAUUUUAAAUAUUGUAACAUUUGCAGACUCGUAUCAUCGAGUGCGUAAUCACAUUUUAGAAUAACUUUCUAAAUUUAUACAUAAAAAAAUACCAAUUGCAUUGUGGAUAAAAAUAUAUACGAAUUUUGUAUUUAUCUUCAAUUAAAUCUCACGGAUUGCUCAGAAGUAACGUGGAUUUUUUUCUUAGUCCUGUUUAGAAGUGCUUUUACGCACGCACAUACACCCACACGCAUGCGUUUGCGCGCGUAAUAAAUAUAUAUAUAUAUGCAACGAGAAAGAUUUGUAAUCGUGUAUCUGUGACAAAUUAUAAAUUGACACGUUUUUAAUAAAAAAAAAAAAAAAUGCUGUUGUAAACAAUUGUAAAAAUUAAGUCAUUAUAUAGUUGUUUCAUAAUGAAGUCUGUUACAAAAAAUAACAUAGAAUAACCAAUCAUUUAGUUAGAAACUUCUAUUGUACUGUAUAUGAUAGUGAUAUCUAUGUGCUUACUGUAUUAUAUAGUUUUUAAAGUGUUCAGGCAAGACUAUCACUCUUAUGGAAUACCCUUUAUAUUGUAUAUGUUAUCAGAAUUUUAUUAUUAAUAAUAAGCGAAUUCAUCUUUAUCAAACAGGCCAAAUUUUAUUCACGGUGAUAUUCGAUUUUUAUACGGGAUUACACAUUUCUUAUGGGUUGCAGCUUGACCCCCCAUAUAUUUGUUGGUACUUUCAAAAAUAUUUAAAUCUAUUUUUUUUAAAGUCCUUAUUUUUACUCCUUAAAAAGGAUUUUAUUUUUUAAUACAGAAUAUAAAAUUGAUGUAAAACGUUAAAUAGCACUUGCAAUAGGGUAAGUGUGAGUAUUACUGCCGCUUCCACUAUGGCUGCAAAAUUUAAAAAAAAACUGAUCAAUAAUCAGUUAAUGUAGUUAUUUAAUAAAUCGCACUCUAGCAAAAAUCUAUUUUCUUAAGCUCUUUAUUAAGGAUGAAAAAAUUUUAAAAGACAAUCUAGAAACAAUAAAUAAUUUAAUUUUUUUUGUCAGAGUGUGAUCAAAGUUAGAACUAAAAGGAAAAUUAUCGUGCUUGAUUUUGGAAAUAUGAUACUGAUUUGAUAAAGAUAAAAUUCUGUUUAAAAUUAUUUUCAAAAUCAAUUGUCUAACACAUAUCAUGUUACAAUUCAGAUUGUCUUCUCAUACAUCGCUCUAAUUUUUAAGCUUCAUUUAUAAAAGAAUCUAAAAAAAGGAAAAACAAAAUUAUACACAUACUCGAAGAACUCCGAUUUAUAAGUUAAACACUAUAUUUGAUUUUGUGCUUGUAUCUAUAAAGGAUAAAUCAAUUAAAAUUUGCAAAAUAUAUUUUA